AUCUCUCCCGUUGCUUCGUAGUUCUACCUACUGGGGACGGUGCUGGCCCCGCUCCGUGUGGCCCUGGCCUUCGUUGUCCUCUUCCUCAUGUGGCCCUUCGCGCUGCUCCAGGUGCUGCACCGGUCCGAGGAAGAGCUGAAAGAGCCGCUCACGGACUGGAGGAGCUCCAUCUCCCACAGCUCCGUUUACUUCCUGAGCCGCCUGAUGUUCUUCCUCCUCGGCUUCAUGCGGAUCCGGGUGCGGGGGCAGCGGGCAUCACGCUUGGAGGCCCCGAUCCUGGUGGCCGCCCCCCACUCCACCUUCUUCGACCCCAUCAUCUUGCUGCCGUGUGACCUUCCCAUGGUGGUCUCCCGCACAGAGAACCUCCACGUGCCUGUCAUUGGAGCCUUGCUGCGGUUCAACCAAGCCAUCUUGGUUUCCCGCCACGACCCAGCCUCCCGCAAGAAGGUGGUAGAGGAGGUGAAGAGACGGGCCACAUCCCAGGGAAAAUGGCCACAGGUGCUCUUCUUCCCCGAGGGGACCUGCUCUAACAAGAAAGCCUUACUGAAGUUUAAGCCGGGUGCCUUCAUUGCCGGGGUUCCUAUCCAGCCCAUCCUUGUCCGGUACCCCAACAGCCUGGACUCGACAACUUGGGCGUGGCAAGGCCCCGGAGUGCUCAAAGUCAUCUGGUUGACGGCAUCGCAACUCUGCACCACUGUGGAAGUGGAGUUCCUCCCCGUCUAUCAGCCCAGUGCCGAAGAGAGCGUCAACCCCACCCUUUACGCCAGCAACGUGCAGAGAGCCAUGGCCCAGGCGCUGGGCGUCCCAGCCACCGAGUGCGAGUUGGUGGGCACCCUGCCGGUGCGGGCGGUUGGGCGCCUGCGGGUGGCGCUGGAGCCCCGGCUCUGGGAGCUGGAAAGGGCGCUGCGGAGGGCCAGGUGGGUCGCAGGGGGCCCCCUGCCUGAUGGUGGAGCAGGGACUCUGGGGUGCCAGGAACUCGCCCACUGGCUGGGGCUGCCCCACCCUGAGGCACCUGAGGAGCUCUGUGCCUACUUCCAGCAGGACAUGGGGGGCGCCGUGGAUGCCCGGGCGGUGCGGCUGGCCCUGCAGGCGCUGGAGGGGGGGCACAGCCCCGAGGACCUCACACGCCUGGCCUUCGAGCUGUUCUGCGAAGUUGGGGCCGGGCUGGGGGCCCCAUGCCUGCCCCGGGAGGGUUUCUGUGCCAUCCUGCACCUGCUGCUGGGAACGCCCUGGGCCGACGGAGCCGAGCUCUUCGCUGCGCUGGGCGGAGCUGAGCCCCACCACGCGCUGAGCAUCAGUCAGUUCCAGGAUUUUGCCCUGUGCCACCCCGACUAUGCUCCACUCUUCACCACCUACCUGUGCCUCCCAGUGCCCGCCCACCGGGCCCCCAACCCCCACGCCAACGGCCUCCCCCACACCAAGAGCAAGGCAGACUGAACCAUGCCCUCCCCACCAUACAGUGACACUUCUUCCUCAGCACACUCGCUACGGGGGACACACCCAGCAACUCAGGGCUACAGGAAAUGGGGAGGAUACAGCCGAUUUCGGGGGAGGGGGAUUUAUUUUAUUUUAAUUAUUUUGGAAUUUAUUUUAUUUUUUGGAGUGAGGCGGGUGGGCUGGGUUUCUUCUGUUUUGUAAAAUGUAAACAAAUGCUAUUUUAUAUAUCAAAUAUCUAUAUCUCUAUGAAAAUAUU